ACACAUGGCAUAUACCGAUAUGUUGUUGACCCAGUCCAAAUGAGUAUAAUCGACUGACUGGAUGGCAUCCAAGAAGCCAAACUGGCAAUCUUGCGUGAUACAAUGGAAUUAAUGGGAAAAGUUCUUAUGCGCUGAUCUUCAUCAGAAACUCCGCCAUUUGCACACAGGACAACCUUGUGAGUUGAGUUGGUGUUAGUCACAUUCACAGCCAUUACCUUCACUCAGGCUUACUUUUUCAGAGCAAGACUGCUUCAAGCAUUUGGUUCUUGGUCGAGCCAGACUGCGAUCUGUGUCCUCCAGGCAGUAAAUACAACAGGUUUGCGGCGUCAGAUCGUUAUAUAAAACACACCCAGCUGGUACCCAAAAAAAAAUCACGGCCUUGAACAAGAGAUCAAGCGCUAAUUGUGGCGAAAUGGUUUCACUGCAGCAGGGAAAACCACCCAUGAACGCGGACAGAUUCAGCAUCCAGCCAGCCACACAGCAGAAUCUCGUCGUCCAAACUGUCUGAAGAAUCUGCACAUCUCCCGCUCCUCCCUCUCAGCAGUCAGACCUUUUCGCCCCUCCAUGCCCGCCCAUAUAGCUCUCGCCCCUUUCCACUUGGCCUCUGUUGAUCUCUCCUCGCGAGCGCUAAACCGGCGAGACUGAUCGCCGGCAGCCGAGAUGGCGACGGAGGCCGCGCCGGAGUGGCUUGACAAGGGCGACAACGCGUGGCAGCUGGCGGCGGCGACGCUGGUGGGGCUGCAGAGCGUGCCGGGGCUGGUGAUCCUCUACGGCAGCAUCGUCAAGAAGAAGUGGGCCGUCAACUCGGCCUUCAUGGCGCUCUACGCCUUCGCCGCCACCUUCGUCUGCUGGAGCCUCUGGGCCUUCCGCAUGUCCUUCGGCGACCGCCUCCUCCCCUUCGUCGGCCGCCCCGACUUCGCCGCGCUCGGCCAGGCCUUCCUCACCCAGCAGGGCUUCGCCGGCGCCUACCCGGCCGCCACGCUCCUCUUCUUCCAGUUCGUCUUCGCCGCCAUCACGCUCAUCCUCAUCGCCGGCUCGCUCCUCGGCCGCGUCAACUUCCGGGCCUGGAUGCUCUUCGUGCCGCUCUGGCUCACCUUCUCCUACACCAUCGGGGCGUUCAGCCUCUGGAGCCCCAACGGGUUCCUCUUCAAGGCCGGCGUCAUGGACUUCGCCGGCGGAUACGUCAUCCACCUCUCAUCCGGCAUCGCCGGCUUCACCGCCGCCUACUGGGUCGGUCCGAGGUCGGCCAAGGACAGGGAGGCGUUCCCGCCGAACAACAUCCUCCUGACGCUCGCCGGCGCUGGGCUGCUGUGGAUGGGGUGGACGGGGUUCAACGGCGGCGCGCCGUACGCCGCCAACAUUGACGCGUCGGUCGCCGUCGCGAACACGCAUCUGUGCACGGCCACCAGCCUCCUGGUGUGGCUCUGCCUCGACUGCCUCGUCUUCGGGCGCCCCUCCGUGAUCGGCGCCGUGCAGGGCAUGAUCACCGGCCUCGUGUGCAUCACCCCCGCCGCGGGGCUGGUCCAGGGCUGGGCGGCGAUGCUCAUGGGCGUCGCCUCCGGGAGCGUGCCCUGGUGCACCAUGAUGGUGCUGCACAGGCGGAGCCGGCUCCUGAAGCGCGUCGACGACACGCUCGCCGUGCUCCACACGCACGGCGUCGCCGGCAGCCUCGGCGGCGUGCUGACGGGGGUCCUCGCGGAGCCGCGCCUCUGCCGCCUCUUCUUCGGCGACGACCCCCGGUACGUGGGCCUCGCGUACGCGGUCAGGGACGGGCGCGCCGCCGCGGGGCUCCGGCAGCUGGGGAUGCAGCUGGCCGGGAUCGCCUUCGUCGCGGCGCUCAACGUCGCCGUGACGAGCGCGGUGUGCCUGGCCGUCGGGCUGCUCGUGCCGCUCCGGCUCGGCGAGGAGCAGCUGGCGGCCGGCGACGACGCGAUCCACGGGGAGGACGCGUACGCGGUGUGGGGCGACGGCGAGACGUACGAGCAGUCGGUGCACGGGAGCCACGGGUACCCCCUGACGGCCAAUCCCGUGGCGUCCAAAGCCGACGAGAUGAUAUGAUCUGAUCAUCAUUGCCACGGUUCAAGUGUGUUUGUAUAGUGAUGGGUAGUCCUCGCUUCCGAACCUUAUAUUAGGCGCUUUUUUAUAGUGUGUUGAAAUAUCAAAGAGGAUUGUGCCAAUGCAAUAGUAGUCAGCUUUCUAGCUUCUU